AUGAGUCGCGCUAUUCUUCUAUCUGCUCUUCUCUCCGCCAUCAAGGCACAGCAAGUCUGCACCUCCAAGGCCGAGACUCACCCUCCCUUGACUUGGUCUCAAUGUUCCACUGGCGGCUGCUCUCCUGUGCAGGGCUCGGUUGUGGUUGAUGCCAACUGGCGCUGGGUUCAUGCUGUCGAUGGCUACACCAACUGCUACACUGGCAAUUCUUGGAACACUACCGCUUGCAGCUCUGGAGCCACCUGUGCCAAGAACUGCUGUGUCGAUGGCGCUGACUACCAGGGCACUUAUGGCGUGACUACCUCGAGCGACAGUCUCUCCCUACAAUUUGUGACACAGUCACAGGGAAAGAAUGUCGGAAGCCGCCUGUACUUGAUGCAGGAUGAGAACAAGUACCAGAUGUUCACACUCCUGGGUAACGAGUUCUCUUUUGACGUGGACGUAUCGCAACUGGGAUGUGGCCUCAACGGCGCCCUCUACUUCGUGUCCAUGGACGAAGAUGGUGGCAAGGCUCGCUUCCCUGGGAACGCUGCUGGUGCCAAGUAUGGCACUGGUUACUGUGAUGCACAGUGCCCUCGCGAUGUCAAGUUUAUUGACGGCGUUGCAAACUCGGAGGGCUGGGUCCCUAACCCAAAUGACCCCAACUCGGGCACUGGUAGCUUGGGAACGUGCUGCGCAGAGAUGGAUAUCUGGGAGGCUAACAGUAUCUCUACUGCGUUCACGGCUCACCCUUGUACCACCAAUGCUCAGCACUCUUGUACUGGGGAUGCCUGUGGCGGUGCUGGUUCUUCUUCGCGAUAUGGCGGCACCUGUGACCCCGAUGGCUGUGACUUCAACGCGUUCCGCCAGGGCAACGAGACCUUCUACGGCCCUGGAGGUUCUUUCACCAUCGACACGACCAAGAAGGUGACAGUCACGACUCGCUUUAUCAAGGGUGCUGACGGUAGUUUGUCCGAUAUCAAACGCUUCUACAGCCAGGGCGGCAAGGUCUUUGCUAACCCUGCCUCUGACAUUGCUGGCGUAGCCGGAAAUUCUCUGACCAAGGACUACUGCACUGCACAGAAGUCUGUCUUUGGUGAUACCGACGAUUUUGCUAAGAAGGGUGGUCUGGCACAGAUGGGUGCGGCUGUUGCGAAGCCAAUGGUUCUUGUAAUGAGUCUGUGGGAUGAUCACUCGGUCAACAUGCUCUGGCUGGACUCUACCUAUCCCACCACAUCGACAGCCCCUGGCGCCAAGAGAGGAAGCUGUUCAACAGACUCGGGCAAGCCCUCCGACGUCGAGAAUAGCCAAGCGAACUCCAAGGUCAUCUUUUCGGCUAUCAAGUUUGGUCCUAUUGGGUCUACCUUGGCCGGAGUUGCAGUUUAAAUGACGGGGUUAUUUAACCGGGUGGCUUCACGUUUUAUUGGUAAAGGUAUCAUGCCUACGGACCUUUGGACGAAAUGAAUGUGGUACACUCGGAGAGGGCGCUGGGUACAAAUUGCUUUGUUGAACGUGUAUAGUUUGGCUGUAAAGUUUUGAAUGCCUUUUUAACCUUC